AUGAAAUUAUGUCUUGAUGGAAAAAACAUAUGCAAUGAUUUUAUAGAUAAAACAUUAAAGAAUAAUCAAUUAAAAAAAGAAUGUAUACCAUUAUUUAAAGAAUGCCAUUUUUAUACACAAAACUGUAACAAUAAUGAAUCAAAGUGUAGUAGUUUGAAGAAAAAAUAUGAAGAAAAAGAAAUCAUUUAUAUGCCUCCAGGUUCAGAUUUUAAUCCUACAAAACCAAAAACUACAAUUGCGAAAAAAAUAAGCUCAGAAGAACUUUACAAAGAAGCGGCGACACAGAGAAUUCUAGUUGGAGGACCACCAGAAAGGGAUGUUUUUGAUUUAUUAGUGUUUCUCUCAGAGAAAACCGAUUUUAAUGAAGUUCAAUGCAAAAAUGUACUCACUAAUAAAUGUGAUUCUUUUAAGUAUUUAGAAAAAGAAUUAAAAGAUUUAUGUGACAAGUUUAAAGGGGAUUUUGAAAAAACAAAGGUCGCUUUGACUGCAAAGUUUGAAAAUAACUUAUUUAAAAACAAUGAAAUUACAUUAUGGAACGAACUGCCGAACUUUCUUACUAAAAAUAAAUGUGCAGAAUUAGAAUCAGACUGCUUUUAUUUUGAAAGUCAAAAAGAUUUUGAAAAAAUAUGUAAAAAUGUUAAAAUAGAGUGCUACAAAAGAGGGCUCUAUGAAUUAGUAAACCAAGUAUUGCAGGAUAAGCUUCGAGGAAAUAAAGGCAUGUGUGGGUCUAAAAGAAAAAAGUGA